AUGCAACCUAUACGUAAUAAAUUAAUGGAAACAGAACGUACUAUGCUUAAGACCAGCAAAACAUUAUUAAUAAGAUUAUUCAAACCCAAAAAAUAGCCAUCAGUUAAUGAAAAUAGAUCCAACAAUACUUCAUUAUAUAAAUCAAGAUCUCAAAGCAAAAAUGGCACCACUCAACUUCGCACAGAGUAUUAUGUAUUAUUUUUAAUCAGAGGUUCAGUCCUUAGAGAAUCAAAAAAUGUAACCUUAAUUUCUCCCAAAUUUCCAAAAAGUCCUUUAUACAUUGAAGUAGAUAUUUGA